GAGCGCGGCCAGGCCCUGCUCGGGCAGGCGAAGACGUACGCGGAUGAUCUGCGCAGCGACCCCCAGCGGUUGCUGUACGCGUGCAUCGUCAUGGACAUGAUCGGUUUCUCCAGCUACCUGGUGCUUUUCUUGGGCGAGCUGGUCGACAUCUACUGGGCGCCGAUCUUCUUCCUGUUCAUGCAGUACAUGUUCGGCAGCAUGCUCAUGAGCUCCGUCGGCUGCCUGGAGGAGCUGCUCCCCUUCACGGACAUCGUGCCGACCGCCACCAUCGCCUGGUGCAUCUUCUUCCUCCCCCCCCCCGUCGUUCGCUGCUAG